AUGACAUCCCGGGAACGGCGCCUAGGUAACCUCUACGGAGAGGACAGAGAGCCAAUAUACAGCAUUCUCUCGUAUACGUGGGGCCGAUAUGAGAUACCUGAAGGCCCGCACAUUGAGAUCAAAGGGAUCGAUUGGAAGAUUCCAUCCAUCAAGGAAGAUCAUUUUACAGUCGAAGACCUGUCGUCUCUCCUCAAACAGAUCUGCUCCAAGCACGAGUAUGUCUGGAUCGAUAUCGCUUGCAUCGAUCAAAGACGUGAAGAAGUAAAGAUGGAAGAGAUCGGAAGGCAGGCCACCAUCUUUAAAACUGCGCGACAGGCUUAUGUUUGGUUGAAUAAGUACGAACCGAAGACAAUUCAACAUCAUAUACAGACGCUGCUGAGCUGUUCCCACGAACUCGUGGAGGCAAAAGGUGAUGCAUCAGUAAAAAUCGCGGAGAUCGUCGAUAGCCUCUCUCGCAUCCUCCAGGAUCCGUGGUUUUCUUCGUUGUGGACGUUGCAAGAGUCAAUUCUGCAGAGGCAUGCCAUCUUGCUGAACAGAUCAGGGCAUCCCAUUACAACAAGCGGUCCAUGGACAGGCACCAAUCCCAAUACGCAACUGCUUGACUUAUCCGGCGCUUGCGUUAUGGCUAGACAAAUACUAGGCCAGGCGAUGUUGGCGGCACGAGCGGAAGGGGGCGACCAAGUACCUCCACAGAUAGGAAUAUUGCAAAGGCUUCAUCGCACAAUAGACGAAUCUGGCAUAGAUUUCGGAUUUGGCCCGAACCCGAACAUCCAAUAUUCCGCAGCGAGGUUCAGACAGACCACGCGCCCCGAGGAUCGCAUCUACGCCAUCAUGCAAAUUUAUGGCUUCAAACUUGGGAAUUCGGCGCUCCCGAAAUCGAAGAUGAAGAACUUCAGCCUUGCAGAGCUCGAAUUGCAGUUCCUGAAGGCGUUGAAUGGCACUUCUGUCGUGCUAGGUCAAGCGUUCCAGCAUCUAAAGGUUCCCGAGCCAGGACAGACUUGGUGCAUCACCAACUCCAUUCGUGUACCCGAGCGGUUUCACAGGAUGAUUUUGCGCGAACAAUUCCAGUCUGCUGCAUGCACAAUCACUAUUCGCCAGAAAAAUGAAGCGUACUUUGAUGGUAUGGCUUGUACCUUGCGCGAGCUCUUGGACCUCUGGCAGUCAAGGUGCCAAGAAAAGAUCUCAGCCAUGGAAAAAGCAACCGAAGCUCCCAUUGAUUUGGAGGAACGAAGUGCUUUUUUUCCAAAUCGGUGGGACCUCAUGCGGUGGAAGCAAGGCAUGAUAGUUGACUAUAACGAGAAGUAUGAUUUUGCAGCCAUGUCGUUCGAAUGGCCUCCAGACACAGCUGUCAUUGAUGAUAUAGGAGACCCCAUAGUGGAGUGCAGGAUCCCUGAGAUGACUCAAGCUGCUGAUAAGCAGCAGGCCCUUGGAAAAGCCUUGAUAGACAGGUAUGGCGACGAGGAAAUUAGGGUAUUCUACCUUGGGCGGAGUCAAUAUAUUGAAAGUAUGGAUCUUGCCCUGGUUCUCGUGCGAGGGCAGACUGAGCAUAAACAUUCGACAAAAGGGAAACCCUGUGUUUGGAGACGAGUGGCGAUCUGUUUCUGGCAUGUGCGAGUAGGCGUUCCGUCCGAAGGUCUAGCCAAAGCUAUGAAACCAUUGAAGGGGAUGUUCGGGUGA